AUGAUGGUAUGGGCUGGUGGAAGAGCCAGGCCCAGUGUGGAGGUUCGCAACGGUCUUUGGAUAAAGCCGGCGUUGUUGAAGGACCCCGUACUGGCCGGGUGCGUCCCGACGUCUGAGUGGGAAUAUGAUGGUAUGAUGGCUGGUGAGAAUGUAGCCAGGCCCAGUGUGAGGUCGCACGCGUCUUUGGGUUAG